CAGACUUUGAUGGUGAGCCGUCUGGCUCCCUCUCGCUGACCAGACAGGUCUGAAACAUCCUGUUCCAGAUCUCUCCUGAACAUUUCAAGGGUUUCAAAGUGGUGGAGACGGCCCUAGCUGACUUGGCCCUAGCUGACUUGGCCCUAGCUGACUUGGCCCUAGACAUCAUGUGUCUGCUGAUGAAGGACCAGUGGAGCUGGCUGUGCACCGACAACAUCCCGGAAGACUAUCCGGCUGCUGUUUGGAACCCUCAUGGAACCCUUAUUGACAGUUGGCUUAACGUGAGCGUGGCCAACCUGACCUGUACCCUGCGGGUCCUGCAGCAGGUGUGGCAUGGGGGCAGCCUACCAGCCCAGCACCCCCCGGCGCACAGCCACCAACAGAAGGAGGACACCAAGCAGCAAUCCAUGCACUGCCUCAUGAAACUACUACCAGGCAAGUGA